AUGGAUGUUCUCUUUCACCCUAUGGAGACGGCUGUCACUGACGGAGACACUGCUCUUUUCAUCCAACUUCUGAGCCAUCCCGAAUACCGAAGCCAGCUAUCUAGCACCAUGCUUGGACAUGACUGCCUGAACAGCGCAAUUAUGCUGGGCCGUGAGAAGAUCGUCGAAGCACUGAUCAACCUCCCCCUUUCAAUAUUCGACUGGACUCGCGUUCCUUUGGCAGACCAGGGAGCUCUUACAUACUUGAGCAGGGCUGCCAAUUUCGGACAAGAUGAUAUCGUCAGGUACAUCAUCCAUACUGGCAAAGUCAGCGUCACCGAACGUGACCAGAAAGGUCGUACUGCUCUCCAUUACGCUUGCAAAUCGAAGUGUGAUGAGUGUGCCGACAUCCUCCUUUUGCACGAGGUCGAUCCAAACGAACCCGACUUCCAGGGCCGGACACCCCUCUUCUUCGCCGCCAUAGAGGGAAGCUAUGAUGUUAUCGACCGACUCCUGGUAAUACACAACAUCGAUCCCGAUGCCCAGGAUCAUGGCGGCAGGACUCCCUUCUACUGGGCUAUUUUCUAUGGUCACAACUGUUGUGCGCUGAACUUGAGAGACUCUGGACGUGUCGACACAAGUAUUAUCUCUAGGGCGUAUGAGGAUCGAGAAGCUGUUCUGAAGGCUGGUCUACCACUCGCCUUUGCCAAGAAUUCAUGA